GGACACAACCGGAACUGCGCGCGCGCACCUCACAGAACGCGCGUCGCGACGUCAAAUCGCGUUUCUCUCAGAGCAUUGUGGGUAAGAUUCUCUCUCCCGGUCAAAAUGUCUGACAUGGAAGAUGAUUUCAUGUGCGAUGAUGAGGAGGAUUAUGACUUGGAAUAUUCCGAGGACAGCAACUCUGAGCCCAAUGUGGAUCUGGAGAAUCAGUACUACAACUCUAAAGCCCUGAAGGAAGAUGAUCCUAAAGCAGCCCUGAGCAGCUUUCAGAAGGUGCUGGAGCUGGAGGGAGAGAAGGGAGAGUGGGGCUUCAAAGCACUGAAACAGAUGAUCAAAAUCAACUUCAAGCUUACAAAUUUUCCAGAAAUGAUGAACCGGUACAAACAGCUUUUGACAUAUAUUAGGAGUGCUGUCACCAGAAAUUACUCUGAGAAAUCCAUCAACUCUAUUCUAGAUUAUAUCUCAACCUCCAAACAGAUGGACUUGCUACAAGAGUUUUAUGAGACCACACUGGAAGCAUUAAAAGAUGCCAAAAACGACAGACUUUGGUUUAAAACUAACACCAAGCUGGGAAAGUUGUACCUGGAAAGAGAAGAGUUUGGAAAGCUCCAGAAAAUUCUCAGGCAGUUGCAUCAGUCAUGUCAGUGUUUCUCAACUGGUGGGUCGCAAGACCAUUCUGAAUGGGUCGCGGAGUGUACAGUCAAAGAAACAACAUCAACAACAAAAAACACGGAUGAAGGAGAGGACGACUUGAAGAAGGGCACACAGCUGUUGGAGAUCUAUGCUUUGGAGAUUCAGAUGUAUACGGCGCAGAAAAAUAACAAGAAACUCAAAGCCCUCUACGAGCAGUCAUUACACAUUAAAUCAGCCAUCCCACAUCCGCUCAUCAUGGGAGUCAUCAGAGAAUGUGGUGGUAAAAUGCACCUGAGGGAGGGAGAGUUCGAGAAGGCACAUACAGACUUUUUCGAGGCAUUCAAAAACUAUGACGAAUCUGGAAGCCCCAGGCGAACCACUUGUCUAAAGUACCUGGUCUUGGCCAACAUGCUGAUGAAGUCUGGAAUCAACCCAUUUGAUUCUCAAGAGGCGAAACCUUACAAAAAUGAUCCAGAAAUCCUAGCAAUGACAAACCUGGUAAGUGCCUACCAGAACAAUGACAUCACAGAAUUUGAGAAAAUCCUAAAGACGAAUCACAGCAACAUAAUGGACGACCCCUUCAUCAGAGAACACAUUGAGGAAUUAUUACGGAACAUAAGAACACAAGUGCUCAUCAAAUUGAUUAAGCCUUACACUAGGAUACACAUACCAUUUAUUUCAAAGGAAUUGAAUAUUGAUGUUGCAGAUGUAGAAAGCUUGCUUGUGCAGUGUAUUUUAGACAACACAAUCAAUGGUAGAAUUGAUCAAGUCAAUCAGCUGUUGGAGCUUGAUCACCAGAAAAGAGGCGGAGCUCGAUACACCGCCCUGGACAAAUGGACCAAUCAGCUGAACACUCUCAACCAGGCUAUUGUUAGCAAACUGGCUUGAUUUGAAGUGACGAUCCUGGAAAACAAGUUGAUCCAUCGGAUAGCCGGUCGACUCGAGGCUGUCAGUGACAUUAACUACUUUCAAGGCCUUUACUCUCCCAAUCACAGGAGGAGGAACGUAAUUUGGCUAGUGUGUAUUUUUACAGCUGUAGUCACUUAUGUCAGUUUUAAAUGUCCUUAACAGAGCAGAAGUUCCCACAGGAUGUCUGCUGUACUGAAUUGUUAGGUCUCUAAUAUUAACAUGUUUGCAUCAUCUAAAAAAUGUUUUAUUUAAUAGCCCAUAUUGGCACUUGGCAGACAUCUAAAAGGCAUAUGUUUGUCUUAAAUGGAACACGUGAGGACAUGCUGUGUGAAAUUCAAUCAUUUAUUUGUCGAACUGUCUCUUGUCAGAGUCAGCAUGUUUUACUUGGUUUGCAUAGACCUCAGUUGAUGAGUUUUAUGCAGUUGCACCGAAGCACAUGCUUAUUAAAAGUGCAGGCAUUGCUAGAAUUCCUCUCACCAAAUAUUACAGAUCUCUUUAAAGCGUUAUGCUUUUUGACUCUGAGCUCUUCUGUUUCAUUUUUCAACAACAAAAAUAAAGAAUACAAUUAUUUGCUUCAGUGAAAAA